UAUAAAUUUAAUUAUAAUAAGAUAGGAUAUGGGAGAUGUAGGAGAAAUUAAUAAUGAACAUAUGGAAAUGUUGCUACAAUUUCAGGAUUUAACAGGAAUUGAUGACAUAGCGAAUUGCAGAGAUAUUCUUAUAAGUCAUGAUUGGAACUUGAAGGAAGCAGCAAACACGAUAUUUAAUGAUGGAGAUUUAACUAGAGACCUAGAAACCCAAGCAAUAAAUAAUCAUUUUUCAACUUCUAAUGAAAAUUUUAUAAACACUUCUGAAAAUUAUGAUGCAAAUAUGAUUCCUUAUUCUUCCAAUUAUUCUAUGCUAAUUAAUCAAAUAUUCCGUCUUCUGAGACCUCUCGAAAGUCUGGAUCACGACCCUAAUACCGAAAUCGUUGCUCGUCAUGGUAGCGCUAACGGUGGAUGGUUGGACUGGAUAUAUCGGCUCUUCACGCUACCAAUCAGAUUUGUCUAUUACUCUGUCAUCGCCUUUUUCCAAUUUUUCACAUCUAUCCUUCCCGUAACACAAAUCAGACGUCUGGCUCAUGACCCGGAAGUUGAAAUCGACAUCUUCUUGCGGAAAUACGAACAAGAGUACGGCUCCACCCACCCGACAUUUUACAGGAGUUCCUAUGGCAAAGCAUUGAGGGACGCCAAAUCAUCCGCAAAAUACCUCCUGGUAUACCUCCACGAUUUCGAUUCGCAGCCUUGCCGCACUUUUUGUCGAUCGGUCCUCAAUUCCCAGCUAUUUUUGAGCUAUGUGCACCCUCGAGAUUUUUCUUUGGAUCCCUCCACGUCGAAUAAUUUGCCCGAAAUAUCGUCUCCUCGCAAUACCUCGACGACCUUGCCACGCAAAAACGAGAGCGAAUGGAUCAUCUGGGCUUGCGACCGAACCUCCGCUGAGGGUCGAAAGGUUUUGAGGGGAGCCCUGGGCGGCGGAUACUCUAACCACUCAGAUUUACGUGAUAUUUACUCCUCGCGGGAAGAGUAUGCCGAUUUAGGCUUAUCGAAUAACUCCAUCUACAAUCGCUUCUCUAACAGCUAUAACUUAAACCCCGACUUAAACUCUUCUCGCAGCUUCCCCUACGUUGUAGCCCUGACGUUGACUGUAUACCCUAACGAUUUUCUCUUGGCUCAGACGACUUCGAACGGGCUUAAAAUGUCGGUGGUGUUUAGGGUAUCCGGGGAAAGCGACGUUAACGGUAGUAACUCUACUCUUCUAACAGAUCCUUCAAAAUUUAUCGGAGAACUUAAGAAAGCUCUCAGCAGGAAUUCCGAUGGAGUUAGAUUAGCCAGGGAGGAAAAGUCCAAGCGGGAAACGACGCUAACCCUGAGGAGGCAGCAGGACGAAGCUCUGGAGCAAUCUCUCGAGACGGAUCGGAAGAAGUCGGUGGCCAAGGAAUUGGAGAGGAAAGCGAUGCGGACGAAAACGAUCAGGACAGAAUUCGAAACUUGCAAGAAAGUUUUCGUCAAACAGGCUAUAGAAGAAUUGAAAAUGCGGUUAUUGGACGAAUUGCCUUCAGAACCCUCGGAUCCCCAAAAUUCGGUCAAAAUCGUGGUCAAACUGCCGAGGGGAAAACGGCUGGAGAGGUCCUUCCGCUUGGAUUCUCCUUUACAAAAUCUUUUCAAUUUCGUCUUUUGUCAUCCCGAUUUUGACAACGCUACCGAUCCUUCCAAGAGUUACAAUCACUUUAACCUAGCCACCCAUUACCCCAGGAAGAUUCUGCCCUGCGAUUUAACGCCAUCUAAUAAGGAAUUCAUUGUGUCCCGUGUUAAGGCCUUGCUUUUUAAUCGCGAUGUCAAUUUCAGGGAACUGUUGACUUCCGAUUCGGAGAUCAGACCUCCUAAUAACUUCCUGUCAACGUCAUCCUUCGAAUGGAUUUUGCAAGACGGUAAUAAUACUGUUUCUCCUGUCGCCAAAACUAUAAAUUCUUCUACGGCAUCCGAAAAAAUCAACGACGAUGAGCAUGACAAUGCUGGAGAACCCAUUAUAACUUUUAAAGACUUUGGAUUGACCGAAACGACUGUUGUCUACGUGCAAGACUUGUGAGAUCGCAGUCGAACUCUUCCAUACUUCCGGUAUCCAGUCUAUCUAUUUCCAUGUGCGCAAAAAACGGAAACGGAAAUAGAAUUUAUAGAUAUUUUGAGCUUCACAUAUACAAAUAUAUAUUAUAUAUAUAAUCGAGUCAUGUAAUUAUAUUUAUAAGAACGUAAUUUAUUAUUAUUU